GAUUGCUUUGGGGCUGCCAUUUUUCUCCCCGACCAGGAAGAAGCGCUUCUUCUCUGUUCACGGUAGUUUAGCUCGAGUGAAACGAGAUGAACGGGGCGGUGUUUGAUGCCGGGGCGGUGUUUGAUGCCAUUACGGUGCACAACUUCUCGGAGAGGAUUCUGGAGCAGGUCGUGCACUUUCACGUGAUGAAGCUCAGCGGCGGGUUCUUCCUGUGGGUCGGUUCGAGUCCGGUCCUGUCCAACCUGGCGGUGUCAAUGAGCAGCAGAUACGAUUCGAUGCCUUUAUCUACAUUAGUCAUUGGGGACCCAUCCAAUACGGCUCCAAAUUCCCUGGCACAGAGAUUAGCAAAGAAGACCAAAAAGCAAGUAUACGUGAGUUACAGUGUUCCAAUGACGGACUCCAAUCUCAGUCUUUUGGUGGAGAACAGGAUCAAAAAGGAGCUGGAGCUUCACCCUGAACACUUUUGAACACAUCUGACCGUUUAUUGAAGCGAGGACAUGUAGGGCGACUGUAGCUUCUCCGGCUCUUUUGACUUUUAUACUGCUUUCCGACACUGUAAUCGAACCCCCCGACACAAUAACCACAGACAGGUCACAUCAAGUGUUCUUUUAUUGACAUAAUAAAUUAAGUGGUUUAUUAUCAAAACAUGUAGGCCUAUGGCUUUUUGUACAAAUGCAUCAUAUUAAAAAAAUAACACUUAGAAAACAG